AUGUCCGGCCGUGGUAAAGGUGGAAAAGGUCUCGGAAAAGGCGGCGCAAAACGUCAUCGCAAGAUUCUUCGUGACAACAUUCAAGGAAUUACCAAACCUGCUAUUCGUCGUCUUGCACGUCGUGGAGGUGUAAAACGUAUUUCCGGCCUUAUCUACGAAGAAACACGAGGUGUACUUAAAGUUUUUCUCGAAAACUAA